UUGACGUGACGUCACACAACAUCAUGGCGGCGUACAUGCUGAACACAAAACAGCACACGUUUACCCACGAAGAUAAGUAAUCGGAUAAUGACAAACGAUUCAAUUUGCGUUUAAAUGGUCAAGUCAUCUAUGGUAAAGUCAAAUGAGGAACAAGAAAACUGACGAAAAAAUAUGCCAAAUCCAAGAAAGCAUGACCAUAACACUGGCUCAAAUGACAUAAGUCAAAUCUGGAGUCACUCCGGGAGUCAUGUUUCCACAUUUUCUCAAAAAAGGUUGAGAACAAACAAAUCGGGUAAAAGYCCKAAACUGACACCCAAAUCUUCACAUUCUGUCAGGAAGUCACCACAUACUCGUUCUAAAGAUCUGGAGACGCCCAAACGACGAGCGAGGGGCAGAUACACGGGCUUAAACAACACUGCUGAUUCACCCGGGGAUGGAGAUAUUUUACAAGACAUCAUAUGGGACCCGGCAUCACCUACUCCUGCUAGAAGUGGGGAAGGGCCCAGCAACASCAGAGUUGUUGAGAUAUCAGACAUUGUCAAUCGGAUCGCCCCUAAGGAUGCCCAGCAUGUCUCUGUGGAUAGUCCUCUGCUCCAGUGGAUUGGGGACAGUGCUGUCCCCUGUACCCCAGAGGUACGCCCGCCCAAAGCAAGGAAGAAAUCCACUCGGAAAAGCUCAGUGGAGGACUUGAUGCAGCUGGCCAGGCAGUUUGACAUCAACAUGCACCAGCAGGACAGAGAGAGGAAGAGUUCUGAACACAGGAACAAUACCAUAAACAACAACMGGUACGAGGAGGAACCCAAGGGCCCGACGACAAUGUCGUCAUCAGCCCAGCGGGUAGAGGCGGAGCUUAACGCUCUGUUCGACGGUCCGACGCAGCGAGUCACCGGACGGCUCAGCCAAGGGUCGACCGCCUCCACCUGUUCUCAGGAGGUCAAGGUUCAAGUUGGGGUCAGCCAUCUCACUACCGAUGACCUCGUCAAAGUGUCGGAGGUCAAGCCUGGCGGGGGAAGCACGUCUGGUUCAUCGGCUCGUACUGGUAAAGAGGAAGUAGUACAGUGGAACGCCACGACGACUGUGRCGAAAGACGASGACUUUGACUGGGAGGAUGACGACCUUCUCAAUGACCCUAUCGUGUUGGAGAUGACCCAGAAUCCUGAGGGGCUGAAAACGCUGUCCCCCAAACCCAGCAGCUCACUGACUCUGAGCACUGACAGAGACAACACACAGCUGCUAACAGAUACAGAAAAGACCCUACCACCCUCCUCUACUACCUCUAAUCCUAUCAGCCUGUCCUCUCACUCUGUCUGGAAGGGGACAAGCACACACCUUCAACCCUCAAACAGAGGUGGCCUCACUGGGCCGUGUCCUAAACCCAAGCCCGCCAGCAGAAGCACUUUCCUGCUGCAGCCCAACCUUUGUUUCCAGGUGAAUAUGGCUCCGACAACCAGAGAAGCACCCAGACCGUUCCUCACUGUUGGAGAKGCCCAGUCUGAGAGGCCCGGCGUGUCUGCAGCCGUGGGGAGUAGGGGCCCCAGUAGAGACUCUGCAGAAGGGAAGGCUGAUGGGGUGAGCACAGCCACAACCUCCCGUGGAACCACAGCCCCAGACUCCGCWUUCAAAGACAUCUCAGAGGAGGACCUCCAGUCCCUGUUUGACUCUGAGUCGCUGUGGAACGACGACGAAGGUGACGAUGACGAACUGCUGUAUCAGGUGUGUGACGACGUGGAGAGGAUCUCCAACAGUCAGCCCUUGUCCGAGGAAGCCUCCGCAACCACGGAUGCCACUGAGGUCCGCGUCCAAGAGAGCAAACCGAAAGCCGCUCCAACCGCCCCUCUGGCUGCAGCGAGAGAGGGGUCUAUGACUAUGGAUAGGGCUGUAGGUGGUCCUAGCAGUAAACAGUCAACCACCUGCACGUCUGKCCGCUCCAACUCAGCACCAGGAGAUAGGAGCAGCACCCCUGUGCACUUUCAGAGAUGGAACAUUCCAGCGAAAGCAGGAAAUGUUUGGGUAGGACAUCAUACAGCCAUGUCCCAGAGCCAUCCAGGUAGCGGGGAGGGUCUGGGMAAGUUUACCCAGCUGAGGGGUGCUCCAGCCUGGGGAACAUUUGGCCUAGGAUCCCUUGGAGUUAGAACCUUCCAAGCUGGAGACUCAAAGUCGGUCAUGCCACGGACAGUGUCGGCGAGAACCCUCCCAAACUCAAAUUCCCAUCAUGCAUCAUCGUUCAAGAGACAUCUGUCGGACUCGGCCGCCAUCGGCAACAAAGUGUUAGUCAGCAGUCAGAUGACGGGGAGAUGCACGGAGGAGGAGAUUGAGAGGAAGAAGCAGGAGGCCAUAGCCAGAAGAAGGACCAGGGAAACGUCCCUAAAAGCAGGGGGACUUCCUCUGUGACGAAGCAACGGGACACUAGUUUAAUACACAGUUAACCAGAAUGGCUAUAGAGUAGCUCUCUUCUGCUWGGUCGGUACCAUAGACAUUUCUCACGGUUUCUUCACAGAACACUGUCAGUGCUACUAGGACGGUGUUGCGUUACGGCGCUAUGCUGCUAGACACACGCACGCACGCACGCACGCACACACACACACACACACAGCGACCUUAUCUCUGGUCUCUACUGGAGAUUAAUUGGUUCCUGUUGUUUGAGAGCUGCUGCACUUUUUUAGUUGUUUAUAUUGUCACUGUUGUUCUUUCUGGAGGUCACUGAAAAGUUGAGUAGAAUCUACAGCAGCAACACUGUAUCUGGAGUCACAGCUAGCGGUUGGCUUGUAAGGCCUUUACAGCACCUCAAAGGAGAUUUGGGUCACUUUUCUUUCUUUUCUUUUUUUCACACGUUAAUCUGUUGACAUUCCAAGUAGAUAAUGAGUCAUCUUGAUGAGCAAUGWGGAGAUCUGUUCUACUGUCCUCCAAUAGUAUCUUUCAGAGGAACUGUGGGUCCAGGACUCACCUUGUUGCUGUAACUCAACAUUAUAGUACAUUAUCUUUACACUGCAUGUGUUGACAUGUGGUUUAUUAGUACCUUGUGUUUUGCACCUUAUCCAGAAAUGAGAAGGACACCAACAGGUUUCCGUCCAAACGUCGGGGAGUCGGGAAAGAAAAUGUCACCACAGACCUGAUGGAAACGGCAAAUUUGUCAGUAAACUCGUCCAA